CAUAAAUAGGGUCCCCGGGGCAGCCUUCUCACUAGCUUCUCCUCCUUAGCUGCUGUCCGGCACGCCAGUUUCCUAAGCCCUGAAGUCAUGGCCCGAGGUAUCCUGUGUCUGGGCCUCGUCCUGCUGGGGGCCCUGCAGGCUCCGGCCCAGGACUUCCUCAUAAGUCCGAUCCCAGUCCCACUUCUGGACUCGAUCCCCCUGCAGCCCGACUUCCAGGAGGACCAGUUCCAGGGAAAAUGGUACGUCAUAGGCAUAGCAGGGAACUCGAUUAAUGCAACAAGAAGAGCCCGGUUCAAGAUGUACACCACCACAUACGAGUUGAAGGACGACCACAGCUACAAUGUCACCUCCACCCUGAUCCGGAACGAGAGCUGUGACCACUGGAUCAGAACUUUCGUCCCAAGUCUCUUGCCUGGCCAAUUCACUUUGGGCAACAUCAAGAGUCAUGUCGGGGUGCAGAACUACACUGUGCGUGUCAUGAUGACCAACUACAACCAGUUCGCCAUGGUGUUCUUCAAGAAAGUUCACGACAACCACGAGUUCUUCAAGAUCACCCUCUACGGGAGGACCAAGCAGCUGAGCACCGAUCUGAAGAAGUAUUUCACCCGCUUUGCCAAAUCCCUGGGCCUCACCAAUAACCACAUCAUCUUCCCUAUCCCCAUUGACGAGUGCAUUGAUGAUGAGUGAACGAGCAUGCGGUGCAUUCUGUCCCCACCCCGUCACCCUCAUGCCGACCUCUGCCCAGGGCACCGCCUAGCUGUCCCCACCAACCUGGACACCAAGAGAGAGCCGGGAGACCCUUCUCACUGCACAGCCCACCAGCUGCUCCCCAGGCUGCCCUUCUGAUGGAACCCCUCCUUGCUCGCUAAAUAAACACA